CCGUCAUUGACGCACGCUCCGCCGAAGUCGACCCCGCCAAGCUUGCCCUAACCAUGGCUUGUUUCGCUUUGCUUCACAACCACGACUCUGACGUUGGUUGCAGCAUUCCUCGACCCUCAGUCGGCAAUACCACCCACAUCAUAGAUCUCUAAACAUGCUCAACAAUGGACUCAUUCACGCGGCAGCGGGUGCGGCGGGAGGGAUAGUAGCUGUGACCGCCACAUACCCUCUCGUCGUCCUCUCAACUCGCGAAAGCGUGGACAAGCAGGAUCAGACAAAGGCAAAGAAGUCUAUCCUAGAGGCCCUCCAAACCAUAAGGAGGGAAAAAGGCUGGACGGCGUUGUACCGUGGUGUCGGGCCCUGCUUGUUUGCCAUCGCCUUGACCAAUGGGUUCUAUUACUUCUUCUACGAGAACACAAAAGAAUUUAUCGUCAAGUCUCGCGAGGGAAGCAAGGCCUUGAGCACCCUUGAGUCUAUGCUGGCUGGACUAGUUGCAGGCUCUUGUACCGCCAUCCUCAGCAACCCCGUGUGGGUGAUCCAGACCACGCAGAUUAACCAAGACACGUCGGACAAGCCCAAGUCACGGAUGGGUGUGAUCCAGACGGUCCGCACCCUACUCAAGGAUUACGGCAUUUCAGCGUUCUUCCGUGGGGUCGGACCCGCACUUGUACUCGUUAUGAACCCUAUUAUCCAGUACACUGUUUUCGAGCAAAUGAAGAAUCUUCUCAUCAAGAGACGGACAGCAAAGCUACGUGCUACUGGAGGUCUGGCCAUUGCAGUGGCUGUUCUUUCGGACUGGGACUACUUCUUCCUAGGAGCAUUGUCGAAACUUGUCGCUACUAGCCUAACAUACCCUUACAUCGUCGUUAAGAACCGAUUGCAAGCAGGCUCCGAUGAAGCGGCACGCUACAAGUCUGCACUGCACAGCGUACUGAUCAUUGCGAAGGAGGAGGGCAUUGAAGGGCUGUAUCGAGGAUUGAGCUCUAAGCUUCUACAGAGCGUACUCACUGCAGCGAUCCUCUUCGCAAGCCAAAAGCGAAUUUAUGAGUUUACCAAACAGGCUCUUGCAGUCGCUCCCGUAUUUGCGAAGUGAUGCCAUUUUGGAUAUUCCUAUGAUCGCCGGUACUGCUAGGGCAAUAGGUAAAUUUCGCACGCUAGGCAAGCUUACACAAAGUAUCCGGCGUGUUUAUGUGUUUCCUUCCUUGCUCGAAUAUGCCAAAAUGAGCUGCAGGGGUUUGAUCCAUGCAACGAUUGUACUUUCGCGCUCCCUCACGAGCCUUUAUUGCUGCACUCCCUCCACUUUCUUUUCGUCCGCUGCAUCCGACUGGUUUUAUAUAUUACUCUAGUGGCAGUUCUGUUUCAAUCUGAAAUCUAUGCGUUAGACAAAACACGCUCUUUGCUGACACUCUGCAGCAUUCUAGUAUGGUUUGCGAAAUGCCAUGACAUUGCAAGUGAGCCCGAGCUACUAAUCGGCACUCGACAGACGUUCUAGCCAUGCGUGCAGGCAUCUCGAGCCUCAAAGGUCUGUUACAAGCUAUACAUGGAAUGUGUGUUAAGCUGGAGGCGGACACAGGCUUUCCCUCCGACUCGUGGAUGAGGUGAGAUAGGGAUGCGUCGACGGUUUCCUACGGGAUCACUGUUUGUACCUCGGACAGCAAUGCCAUACCAUAGCGUCUUAGUUGCGGGCCCUGGCAAGCAUACAUCAGUGGCGGUGGAGAACUAGUGCGCCCAUCUCUUCUGACAUCCCGCUAUAGUUCUCAAAUUUACCAGUCUCGCCACGAUGAUGUACUCCUAAAGCUUAGCAGAAAUGCACAGCCGGCGCGAGCUUUACUUAGGAUCUCUCACCUCUCACAUUCCACAAGUUCUGCAUGUCUACGGUCACAGUGGACAACCGCGACCCAAGUAUUGCCUAUUCCCAAUCUCCAUCAUGGCAAAAGGUCACCACCGAUCCUACCGAUGAAUUUAACGCGACCAAGUCAGGAGCAGAUACGGCGGGUAUGACUGCCAGCUUCAAGUUCAUGGGUGCGUUCACGUUCCUAGUUGACUAAGUUGAAGACUGAUUGCGUCAGUGUUGCAGGUACGCAAGUCUCCGUUUUCGGCUCUGUCGGCUCUUGGGAUGUGUAUGGCGUGCCCGUUUCAAGCUACACUGUGGACGGAGAAAAUAGUGCGACGUACGGAGCACCCGUCAUCGACCCGGGCUUUUUCAAGUCCCAUCUCCUAUUCUCCCAAUCACCACAGCUACCUUUUGGAGAGCAUGAGCUGGUGAUUACCAACGAGAACGGAACGGAGCCGUGUCUAUUGGCUCGACUACAUUGUCUAUGCCCCCACUACCUCAACGAUCACACCCGGUAGCCCACCUCCUACUUCCCCUCUUUCCUUUAGCUCGCCGCCGCCGCCGCCACCUGCGACUGUCACUAGUAUUAUCGGAAUGCGCCGGGCGCAACACAUUCUACAGGCGUACCUGAAGACAGCGAGUCCCAUCAUACCUCGGUCGCGGCAGUCGCGGGCGGGAUUGCUGCCGGGAUUGCAUUGUUGAUCUUAUCUGUGCUUUGCAUAAUCCUAUUUUAUUAUCGCAGAAGGCGCAGCAGGGAAACCCCAGGUGUCACUCCUUACAGUCCCUUCCGGAACAUAACGCCCCAGAUCCCCGUCGAGUUCGAAGACGUGAAAUUCAAGGCUGUUCGAACUGCGACGUCUGGGUCGUUCUCUUGGUCGUCCGAAGCCGUGCCUGUGGGAUCCCCGGGGCCAGUCUCUCGCACAAGGCGGUCAGCAUCAGUUACAUCGCCGUCGCACCCGGACAGCCAGGCUGACAUGCCAUUCACUCCAUACGCCGGCGCUAUCGUCGCUAAAGAUGAUAGCGACGACGACGCAAUCGACAAUCACGGCAAUCGAUCCCGAACUGCCAGUCCAACGAUGGGCGUCCCGAACACAGUCCUUCAAGAUCCGCGUGCUAUCCGUGCAAAGUUCAGGGCAAUGCGCCAGGCACGCAAUCAAGAGCGGGAACCUUAUGUAUCGCCGCCGAUUUUGCAACACCAUGGAGACUCGGGCGUGCGACUGCCACGCAGCGCACAGGCAGCGAUUGUGGACAUUCCUACUGCGUCCUCACCCAACUAGCUUCGCAUUCCACGAGUACUUACGAACCGUUCUGUCUCGGUUGCGAUGAUUCUCACUUCUACCGGCGCAAUCCUGUAGUACGCGACGUUAGCCAGUUCAGUUGUUGGCUUUGUAGUGUACGUCAUGAUAACUUGAUCCCUCGCCCUUUUCUUAAGUUAAUAACUUCCUCUGCUAGUUUGGAAUUGUUCAAUCAGUACUUGGUUUACGGAUGUUCAUUUAGAGCUUUGACGACUAGCGCGUGCCAUCCGCGCCAGCAGAUCAUAAUGGCGCGCCACAUCAUUGUCUCACCAGUACAUGCAAGUUACGUUCACUGCCUUCGUCAGGGGAAGUGCAGUCACAUUGACCACCAG